AUGCCUCAUAUACUCAUUACCGGUGCUUCCGGCUUUCUAGGACAAGCAGUUGUCACAGCGAUUCAGAACAUACAUCCAGACUGGACAUUGACGAACUUGGACCUACGACCGCCGCCGGCUCAUCAACCUAACGUGAACUUCAUUCAAGCAGAUAUCACGCAAGCUGCUGAAGUGGAUAUCGCCAUACGCAAAGCCAAUCCUGAUGCCAUAGUCAAUAUAGCUGGAUGGGUGCCCAAUGGCUCUCUGCGAUACAGCAACUCCAAAGCCUUACGAGAUAAAACCUUUGCCAUAAAUCAUCUCGGAACUUUGAACGUCCUAUUUGCAACCCAAAACACAAAAUGCAAAGCAUUCGUGCAUACAAGCAGCUGUACAGUUGUAUCAGACGAUCAAGACCAUGAUUUUCCAAACAUGACAGAGGACUUGCCAAUUGGUCAUGCCACUCUAGCCUAUGGAGCAAGUAAAGCACCAGCAGAACUAGCAGUCCUAGCCGCAAACACCGCCAACUUUAAAACCUGUGCUUUGCGACCAGCAACCAUCAUCGGACCCGGAGACACCUACGGCGUAAUCGCCACCAUGCACACCUGCAUCGCCAAAGGCGAAACACCAUGGAUAAUCGGCACAGGCGACAACAUCUACGACUUCGUAUACAUUACCAAUAUCGCUGAUGCCCAUCUUCUCGCGCUCGAAAACUUGCUUUCAAUAAAGCGCUUUCCCGAGUCUGCGGCUGGUCAUGCCAUGUUUAUUUCUAAUCAGCAACCUGUGUAUUUUCGCGACUUUAUGCUGGCGGUGUGGAAGCAUUUUGAUCAUGUGCCGCCGUUUCAGUUUGUUGUGCCUACGUCUUUGGCUUGGGUUGCCGGGUUGGUGGCAGAGGUCAAAACGUUGGUGUCUGGAGCAAAGGCUAGUACGUUGAGUCGAGGGAGUGUUAGGGAUGCGGUGGGGACUAGAUAUGCUAGUAACGAAAAGGCGAGACGGGUGUUGGGAUAUCAUCCUCGAGUAGACUUUGUGGAUGGCGUUAGGUUGGCUUGUGAGGACUACAGACGGAUCGUGGCUGAGAAGGAGAAGAUGAUUGACGAUGAUAGUUUGAAGACGGGCUAG